AUGGCUACUGUAUCGGUUAAUUAUAAGUUUUCGUCGUUCAGGGUUAAGGUGACACCAAACACUGUGAUGAAUGAUGUCCUAUCAGAAAGUCUGAGCCACUUUAGACUGAUCGAAAGUGAGUCGUCAAAACCCAAGACUCAAUGGAUCCUGGAGCAUGAUAAGAAGCCAGUGACGUUGGAUCUGCCCUGGAGGUUCCUUAACCUGAGUCCCGGAGUCAAGUUAGAACUGAAGGAAGGUGAUCCCACGGUGACAGCGAACAAGAUAGCGUCCGUUAGGAUAAAGUUGCAGGUUAUGGGCCAUCCUACAGUGAUAGAAACAAUCAGGAGCACAGCAGAUCUGAGAGAUGUGCUGGAUAUCCUUGCAUCGAAGCAUGGCUGGUCCAUAAACCUGCUUGAAUCCAAGUUACAAGUGGUCUCCAAAACCAUUCCGUACGCCGAGCUCAGGGGAUUGCAUCUUGCUGAUCUUGGAGUUAAGGAUUCUGUGCUUCUGAGGUUGAUAACGAAAGCUCCGUCUGAGCCAACUCAGCUGCCACCAACAGAUAAACAAUCGACAGCAGAGGAAAACGUCGACGACAGAACUCCCGUCCCGGAGACUGAGGAAAACGUCGAUGACAGAACUCCUGUUCUUGAUACCGAGGAACCAGCCGGCAAGAAGCAGAGCUUGCACAAAGUGUCAGCAUUUGUACCACCAGAAACGUCGAUCACAUCCAAGGUGCAUAACGAGGUGGAAAAUGAUGAUGAUUACGAAAUGACUGUGGAUGAGGCAAGAGCAUAUCAAAAAAUGCUCUCGAAACAAAGAGGUAACCUUGGUGGGCCUUUGCUAUCGAAACGGCUUCGCCAGGCAAGAGAAGAAGUUCACAAGCGUGCAGUCACCGAAUGCGUUGUCAGGAUUCGGUUUCCUGAUCUCAAUCACAUCGAGGUUACUUUUAGGCCAGACGAAAAUAUGGACACAGUCUAUAAAGUCGUUUCGGAAUCGAUAUUACCGGAACAUUCAGAGUUCACGUUAUCCCAGCCUCAUCCAUACAUUACAUAUCCUAGGGAUGAGAGAAAAUUGGUAGACGACCUGGCUUUUGGCUCCAAAACACUGCUGGUGUUCAAGUCAGACAAAGAAGGUCCCUACCUCAGUAACGCUGUCUUGGAACAGGCAAAACAACUUGGGGAGGCCGACGAUAUCCGAUUGGACCAAAUCAACCAUAGAGCAGAUACAAAUGGCGUAGGUUUGAAAACUAAAACGAAAUCCAAACCUUCAUGGCAAGCAUCAAAAAUGGAAAACGUACCAAAAUGGCUCAGGCUGAACAAAAAAUAG